GUACUAGUGUACCGUUCCGGCAUCGGAAACAAUUUUGUCAAAAAGGAAAUUGUAAUCAAAAUCAACAUUCGAGUUACUACUCGUGAAAGAUUAAUGUUGUCAUGACGAGUUACCUCAUCAAAGUUGCUUUAGCUGUCGCUACCAUAUCAUCCCCUAUGGUCCGUUCAGCUCCGAUAGUGGGGAAAGCAGAGACUGAGCGGGAUGGACGCGAGAUGAAUGAAAACAUGCACAGAAUUGUGGAAGACUUCAACUAUUCGACUUUUUCAAGGUCGUUAAACCGAACACUGAUUGCAGAAAAGUACGGUGUGUCGUGGAGAAGCGAAACGAGCAAUGAAAUUGGAGUGAAAAUAAUUUACUCGGGAGCGGAUCCAAAUGCAAAUGCAGCGUCGGCUCUCGAUGCCACUCUUUCUGAAACUGGUGUCUGCCAAAACUUGGAUUGCAGAGAUUUCAUGUGCAUUGGGUGGUGUGAUAUCACGGCGUUGGGUAAAAACGGUGUUAUCGAAAGCCUUGCAGAAGUUAGUCAUAUUAUUGCCCUCAUGAUGCCCGAAACGAAUUCUUUCACCGGGUCUGGUUCAAUACAAACACAAGCGAUUGCAGCGAUGCAAAUCAAUACGAUGUUGCGCAAGUAUCCAGAAUUAACGGGUAAAGGGGUGAAGAUCGGGAUUAUUUCAGACAGCUUUAAUGCAAGGGCAGGAACUCUUGCUGGGAGAAAUGUCGCCGUGAACGGUACCUCCGAAGAGGCCGAUAUCGAAAGCGGCGAUUUGCCAGGUGGUGAUCAGAGAGUGAAAGUUUUGACCGAAGUCGAGCCAGACUUUCCCUUUCCAGUAUCAGACGAAGGUCGUGCAUCGGCGCAACUAAUUUAUGACCUGGUUCCAGAUGCGGAAAUUGUAUUUAGCAGCGGAUUUCUAAAUGCAGGAGGUUUCUUUGCAUCAGCGAUCGAAGAACUAGUCGAAUAUGGUUGCGAUGUGAUUGUGGAUGAUGUUAGUGAGUCCGAUACGAUUCUGCUUCUCACGUACGAAGAUGAUUUCGUCGCUAAUUUCUUUCGCUUGACGUUGUUUCUCAAUUUAUACGGUUUAUUUUGUGUUUCAAUCUGCUGAUCUGAAGGGGCCGAUGGAUUUGAACCUAUUUUCCAGCUUGGUCCCACUCCGAAAGCGGCAGAUAAUGCCGCAACAGUUGAUGGGGUAGCUUAUUUCACCGUCGCAAGAAAUCUUGCUUCAAGGUCAUGGGAAAAUCGAGGCUUCAAAGAUACAGCAUGUCCCAACAAUCCGAUUUUUGAUGAUUACAUAUCUUGUCAUGACUUUGGAAACGGGAACCCAUUACAGAGAAUUGCAAAAUUUGCGCCUAACCCACUAACUUUCUACUGGGACGAUCCAUGGACUAGUGUCAGUGGACUUCCAGGACCAGAAAGCGACCUAGAUAUCUUCGCAGUAGAUAUAGAAACAGGCGAUAUACUAAAAAGAAGCGCCACAGUCAAUUCUGGAGGAGAUGCGGUCGAACAGUUGGUUUUUCCACCUCAAUUCUUCAAUUUGGUCAUCGCGAAAUCUUCGGGUCCUUCGCCCAGUCUAAUCAAGUGGAUCGAUCGAGGUUUGACCUCUUCUGAUCCCCCCGCAGAAUCAGCGACUCUUACAGGUACUGGACUUGCACCUGGUGUAGCUGCUGUCGGAGCAGCAUCCGAGAAACAAGUGUUCGGACAGCUGGAGUUAGAACCUUUUUCCUCGCAAGGUGGGAUUCCAUUGAUUUUCAAUGAUGAUGGACAACGUUUUCCACAAGAAAUAGUUUUGAAGCAACCGCGUUUUGUCGCUUCUGAUGGGUAAGGAUCACGACUCAAACAAGCCACACGACGAAUUUAUUUCCUGGAUGACUUCUCCGCAAUUGGUCGUGGUAGCAUUCAAUGAUACUCAUUAUAUUUUUGCUCGUCGUACUUUUUUCCAAUCUUUGAAUGACAACAUUUUAGUUCAUACAACACUUUUUUCGGUUACCUAGAGCCUUACGAGUUCUCGAUUGGAGAGCAAGCUUUGCGUGUUCCUCCACGGUUCUAUGGGACUUCAUGUUCGGUUGUUAAUGCUGCCGCCGUAGGUGUGAUCUUGAUUCAGGCGAUGUCUUUGUUUCCAGGAGAAAGGAGACUUCUCAAUAGUAAGAAAACGAAGAAGACUGGAGAGGAAGGAGGUGUGAAUAGUACGAGUGCGAAGAACGAAAGUGAGGAAGACCAAGACGUUAGGAAAGGAUUUUCAUUACCAUUUGAUGUAUAUAAAAUUAUGGAGGAUACUGCUAUUGAUAUGAACGAGGGGGGAUUCGACUUUUUGUCUGGCUUUGGAUUUAUCAAUGCCUUUGACGCCGUGGAAAUGGUUGUCCAGAAGGCGAGAAAAGGAACAAAAUCUAAAAAGGCGAGCAAGAAGUCAGGAAGAAUAGAAUCGGUCUCGACGGAAUGCCCUGUAGAAAGCUUUCUGGGUCCGAUAGGAAGUUACUUCGAUGAUUCAUAUGUAGCGAAUGCUACUUUAAGUUAAUGUUUUAUGGCCGAAUACUCAUUCAUAAUAGCUGCUAAUCCAAUUGUACAGUAUAUACUAGCACUUAAAUAAUGCCAGAAACGAGUG